AUGAUAGGUCCUUGGAAACUGUUCCGCGCUAUCUGGCGCCUGUUCUUGGCGAUAUUCGGGACCUGGCUGCUUCUGGGCCUGCUAUGGGCGUUUCUUCCCUUCCCUUCCAGCGAAAAUGGCUCCCACAAUGCAGCCGACUAUGCAACCAAGGUCCUUCUCAGCGGCAAGACACUGCGUCGAGUAUAUUGGGACCCCGUACAGGUGAACGAAUAUGAAUCCCGGCAGGGCUUUGCGCUUGACUACAAGUUCAACAUCUCCGACUUCACCCUUACAGUCUCGGGGCUGGAGCAGCCUAUACACAUAUUCCGCGAUGCACUGGCCGGGGACGAUGGGCGCAGGGAGGAAGUAAAUGCGACUGUGCGAGCGGGUGAUACGGAUGGCGCGAACUUGCCGUGGUUCCCAGCUGAAGAUGCACUCUUGCUCUUCUGGGAGAUUCACCAAGAGUGUGCGAGUGUUCCGCUCAUCAUUCAUCGGCCUGUCCAUAAAGCAGCAAACAUGUGGCAGCAAUUCGAUAUAUUCCUGAAUACGCUAGGAUACCGCAAUAAUGCGCUUCUCUCUUUCCAGAUGGUGGGGAACGACACCUCAUCAAUAAGACUCAGCGUCCCGUCACGGCCAGAUUCUUCAUCGCCAUCCUACACGUAUCCUGCCCGCGUCAGGAUCAUCCAGGUCCUCGCACCAUUCUCGCUCUUGAUCGCCGCCGCCUUCGGGUUCAUUACAGAACUUCUCGGUGGUCUGGCGAUUUGGAUUUUCGCGGCUAUCUGCUUUGGACUCGUGGUGUCAGUUGUAGUGGCGGGAGCUGGCAUGUACUGCUUUGGGAAGCGUCCCGAUGAGCUCGCUGAUAUGGUCAAGGAUGAGCUGCAGAAGCUGAGAGAUUCUGAGAUGAUGAGAAAGUGGAGAGGGACUGAUGGUGGUGAGGCGGCGUCAGCGGAUAACUCGCAGGAGCAGAAGACGUCUGUCACUGAAACAGAUGUCAAGGUCUAA